UCUCAUGUUUAUUGCCUCUCGUUAGAAUUGUGUCUGAUCACGCUGGUGUAAGCACAAGUCGCCUAUCGCGCAUGUCGUGACGACAUUGUCGCCUGCGUGGCAUUUCCAUUGUCAUAUCGCGAUGUCUGGGUGAUCGGGGUGUCUCGUCUGUGUGUGCAGCGAGUUUCAGGAGCAGCAGAUCCACAUUAAUGAAAGGAGGCAUAACUGAAGAGGAGGAACACUAGGGAGACUAUGGAAGCUAAAAGCAAUGACGUCUUACAGCCAGAUCUAAAGCUGGUUGCCCACCCUAGGGCAAAGAGUAAAGUAUGGAAGUACUUUGGAUUUGAUACUAAUGCUGAAGGUUGCAUCAUGCAGUGGAAGAAAAUUUACUGCCGCAUUUGUAUGGCUCAGAUUGCUUAUUCUGGAAAUACGUCCAACCUUUCUUACCAUCUUGAGAAGAAUCAUCCAGAUGAGUUCUGUGAGUUUGUGAAAAGCAACACUGAGCAAAUGCGGGAAGCAUUUGCUACUGCUUUCUCUAAGUUAAAACCUGAAUCAUCCCAACAAGUUGUUCAGGAGUCAUUAAUAAUAAAAAAUCCUCAUAAUUUUGAUGGAAAGAAGCAAAUUGAAGUGUCAUCUGCAGUAGUAAACCUGAUUUGUGAAGGCAUGUUUCCAGCUUCCAUUUUGGACGAGCCUACUUUUAAAUCCCUACUAAAAACUCUGGAUCCAAGGUUUGAGAUACCUAGCAGAAAAUAUAUCUGCAGCAGGGUAUUGCCUGAAAAAUAUCACACAGUUAAAGAUGUUAUAUUGAAAGAAAUGGUUGACAUUUUGUGGUGCGGUAUAUCUACUGAUAUGUGGAGAAAUGAAUACCAGGAUAGGUUAUAUGUGACCCUUUUCAUUCACUUCCUGACUCCUGAUCCUUCUAGUUGUUUGUCCCUGAGCUCCCGUUGCUUGAAGACAUUUGAGGUACCUGAGGAAAACAAAGCAGAAGCAAUCACACGAGUUUUGUAUGAAACCUUUAUUGAAUGGGGAAUAAGUAAUAAAGUUUUUGGUGCUACCACAGACUAUAGAAAAGACAUAAUUAAAGCAUGCUCUCUCCUAGAUAUACCUAUAGAAAUGCCUUGCUUAGGCCAAACAUUUAACAUAGGAAUACAGCAAGCUUUCCAACUCCCAAAACUAGCAGGACUUCUUUCAAGGUGUAGGAAGCUGGUGGAAUAUUUUCAGCAGUCUUCUGUUGCACGUUACAUGCUUUGUGAGAAACAAAAACAGCAAAACAUGCUUACCUGCAUGCUUAUAAGUGAUAAAGUUUCAUGGUGUGGUAGCACACUUGCAAUGCUGCAGUGCCUUAAGGAACAGCAGUUCAUGAUAGCUGGAGUUUUAGUGGAGGACAGUAAUAAUCAUCACCUCAUGCUUGAAGCAAGUGAUUGGAAUAGCAUUGAAAGUCUGGUGGAUUUGCUGCAGCCAUUUAAACAAGUUACGGAAAUGCUUUCUAUGUCAAAAUAUCCCACUAUAAGUAUGGUUAAGCCUCUUUUACAUAUGCUCCUUAACACAUCAUUAAACAUCAAAGAGACUGACCUAAAAGAAAUAAGCAUGGCCAAGGAAGUCAUUGCUAAAGCGUUAUCAGCUACUUACCAACAGACACCUGAAAUAGAUAUGUUUUUAAAUGUUGCAACUUUUCUGGAUCCCAGGUACAAAAGGCUUCCGUUCCUCUCUGCAUUCGAACGUUCCCAAGUUGAAAAUCGUGUUAUCGAAGAAGCAAAAAGUUUGCUGGAUAGAAAUAAAGAACACUUAAGAACUGAGGAAAAGGUGUAUACCAUUCCAGAAGAACCACCAGCAAAAAAAAAGUUGAUGUCCCCUACCACUCUUCCAGCCAGUAAUAUCAACAACAUGCUGGCUCAGAUCUUCUGCCAGUCUGGAGCUUCUGAAGACCAGGAGGAGUGUCAUGCUCAAGUUGUUGAGGAACUGAGCAAUUUUAAAUCCCAAAAGGUUCUUGGAUUGAAUGAAGAUCCACUGAAAUGGUGGUCUGAUCGUUUGCAGUUAUUUCCUCUGUUACCAAAGGUUCUCCAAAAAUAUUGGUGUAUUGCUGCCACCAGAGUCUUCCCUGGGCGUCUCUUUAGUUCCUCAUCAAAUGUGGUCAACGCUAAAAGAAACAGAUUAGCUCCUGCUCACGUGGAUGAACAGGUGUUUUUGUAUGAGAACACAAGAAAUUCCUCAGAAGCGGAGCCUGAAGAUGACUAUGAAGGGCAUUGGGGAUUCCAACAAGAACAUUUUUUUAAUUUGAAUGAAUCGGUUGGUGUAGGCAGUAGUAUCUUUUCAGUUAGGGACAGUGGGUUUCUUUAAAUACAACCUGC